AAAUUUGAUGAAAACUCGUAGAAAAAUAAGCAAGUUCUAAAAAUGGUGUGCCAAAUUUGUGUCUGUGCUUUAGAAAUUGGUUAAAGUGAAAUAAAAUUAAAAAAAAAACCUGAAAUUGAUAUGCAAAGAAACGGAUUGCGCACGAAUCUUUAUAGCUGCCAUUGUAAAGGAGUUAAUUUAUUUUUGCAACAAUUUUUUGUCUACCUAAGUAUGUAUGCCAAUAGCAAAUUAGAGGAUUCGGAAGUGAAGGCUGAUCAAUAAGGGUUUCAACACCAGCCACGAAAAUUAGGCAAUAAGCAGUUAAGACACAUCAGUUACAAAGGUUGUGUUGAGAAAGUUGUGCGCUAAAAGAUAAUGCAUUUAAUUUAAAAAUGAGUGAGAAAGCAUAAAAAAAAUUAAAAAGUAAAAUUUCUAAUUUAAAACCCGAAAAUCGCGGAAAAAUUGUAUUUUUUUAUAUAAAAUAGCGCGAAUAUGUCGGCCUUAAGAAAAAAUGCUACCAAGUUUGUAUUGAAAGUAAACGCAGCUGAUCGACAAUAACAAGUGAUUAGAAAAUAAACAACAAAAAUUAUGCCAAAAACGCCAAAAUAAAAGGUAGUAAAAACGUUUGUAUAUAAUAAAAAGUAGAAAGGCCUAAAGCAACCAGUAGUUUUUUAAGCCACAUGCAAGCAAUAAAUAAUGCAUAUAUACAUAUGUACGUAAAAAAAAACAGAAAUAAAUAUGUAAAUAAAAUACAAUUAAAUAACCAAAAGACCCGCAGCGCAGACGUGUCGGAAUUUCGAUAAUGAGGCGUCAGUAAGCCAAGCGUCGUCGAUCAGUACUCGCCUCGCGUACGAGACAAACGUAGAAAAUUUGUUUUUCAAUAAUAAAAAAAAAAAAUUAUAUAUAUUUAUAAAGUCAGUGUUGCGUUGUUGCAUUCGUUUGAGCGUUGCUUACUAUAUUGUGUUGCGCUUGGUCGAUGUCACGUGUCGGUGCAAUUCAACUAUUCGGUGCAAUUCAACUACUCGGUGCAUUGAUGCGUGCGAUGACGACGGUGGUGAUGGUGAUUUUGACGCCCGCUUGCCACUCUUUCGUGUUAACAGCGCCGACUGCCAGGGGUACACGGUUGGUAGCAGGUAGCUGCAACUAGUAAAAUAGUCAACAAAUAACAAAAGCGGGCACACUGGCCGCUUAUUGCUGCUGUCUUAACAUUCUUACGCCAACUGUGCUUUCAUCGUUUAAUAUCGAUAAAUGCAAAGUAUUCACAUAAAUCCUAAAUCACUUACGUUUGUUCCUUUGUCGCUGCAGCUUUUCUCCUUCAACGCUGGCUGUAGUUAUCCUGUAGAGUAAUUUAUAAACGACAAAAUAUGACAGUCUCAUAUGCUGGUGAAGUGCCAAAUGGCAGCAGUUUUGGCUGUUUCUGGCGCAUUCUAUGGAAAUGGCGUGGCAGCGUUUACAAACUGGUGUGGCGUGAACUAAUCGCCUAUUUAUGCCUAUAUUAUACAAUUAAUUUAGUCUAUAGAUUCGUAUUAAAUGAACAACAACAAAUAAUUUUUACCAAAGUCCGUAUAUAUUUCGGCCAACAG